GAACUGCCCCUCCGAUGGCCGUGUCCCCCCAGGCCUCAGCCUCAGCGGAGUAGUUUUCAGCGAAUCCUCUCCGUCUCCCUCUCUGCUGCACCACCUCCUAUUUUCCUCCACUCUCUUUCUCUUCGUUAAUGGCGAAACAGCAAACGCUUUACCAAUCAGCUUUCAGAGUAUCGAAAGCUAAAAGGAGGAAGCUUUCGGAUUCUUAGCUCAGAGCAACUUUGAAUUCGUCUGUUUCAUCAUUCGGUGAGGUCAGGGAUACUUAAGCAGCCAAAAUUCAAGACUUAGUUUGAGAGCCAGUUGCUUGGUUAUUGUUAGAGAAAUGGAGGAAAAGCCACAAGAGAACUGGAAGGAGCUUCUAAGAAAAAUGCUCCCACCGGGUGCUUCUAUCCCUGAUGAUGCAGCUGAUCUCGAUUACUCAAUUGCCAUGGAAUAUGAGGGUCCACCAGUCUCCUAUGAAGUCCCUAGGAUUGAACCCAUAGAUGUAAAUAACCCAAUAAUUCCCACUGCAUCAGUUAGCGAAGAUCUCUCUGCAUCACAAAGAUUAGAUAAAUCUUCAGUCCCCCCUGUAAUUGAACCAAUUCCUUUGCCCAUCUCUUGUAUUGUGGGUGUUACAAGUUCCCCUGUUCAAAGCCCAAGGGUAUCAGGAAGUUCGGAAUCUGUAGUGUCUGUCUUGCAGAAUCCUGAUUCUUCAUCUGCUUCUCCUUCAGCUUCACCAGGAUCACCGAGUUCAGCUCAUGAAACUCCAAGUAACCCUCCAAAGCAAGUAGUGAAUGAAGUAAGGAGAGCUCCAAUGGUCACUUUUAACACUAUUGAUAAAUCUGAAAGGCUAGGCGUUGAGGAUGAAAAGCCUAUUUUUCCUCAAUAUGUAGGAGUUUCAAAGGAGAAAAAGAAGAAAAAAAGAGUUUGUUUCAGGUGUGGAAAAGGGAAGUGGGAAAGUAAAGAAUCUUGUCUGGUUUGUGAUGCUAGAUACUGCAGUAAUUGCGUGCUGAGGGCAAUGGGUUCGAUGCCUGAAGGACGCAAAUGUGUUACUUGCAUUGGUCAGCCAAUAGAUGAAUCUAAGCGAUUAAAACUGGGCAAGCGUUCAAGGGUAUUAUCUCGUCUUCUCAGUCCUUUGGAAGUCAAGCAGAUCAGCAAAGCAGAGAAAGAAUGUCCCGCAAAUCAGCUAAGGCCAGAGCAGCUUAUUGUGAAUGGAGUACCCCUGAGGCCAGAAGAAAUGGCAGAAUUUUUUGGAUGCCCGUUACCUCCAAGAAAAUUGAAGCCCGGUAGAUAUUGGUAUGACAAAGAGUCAGGUCUCUGGGGAAAGGAGGGAGAAAAACCAGAUCGUAUCAUUAGUUCAAACUUAAAUUUCUCCGGGAAGCUCCGAGCUGAUGCAAGUAAUGGAACCACUCAAGUUUACAUUAAUGGACGAGAAAUUACAAAAAUAGAAUUGAGGAUGCUGAAGUUGGCAAAGGUACAAUGUCCACGUGAUACACAUUUCUGGGUCUAUGAUGAUGGGCGUUAUGAGGAGGAAGGUCAGAACAAUAUCAGGGGAAACAUCUGGGAAAAGGUAUCAACACGGCUUGUCUGUUCUUUAUUCUCAUUGCCUGUUCCCCACAGUCAGCUCCACGUGCCAAAGGAUGAAGCUAGCAAUUAUUCUGCUGUGCCAGAGUACCUAGAGCCAAAAAGAAUCCAGAAGCUUCUGUUGCUAGGGCUUCCAGGCUCUGGAACCAGCACCAUCUUCAAGCAGGCAAAGUUUUUAUAUGGAAGCAAUUUCACUCUAGAGGAAAGACAGGAAAUUAAGCUAAUGAUUCAGAGCAACAUGUACAAAUAUCUCAGUAUUUUACUCGAGGCACGAGAGCGUUUCGAGGAGGAGGCCUUGCCUAAGAUGAAAACAUUACCAUCACUUGAUCAACACGCUUCAGCAGGUGAAGGAGAUGGAUCUAAUGAAACUAAUCAAUGUAUCUAUUCUAUCAAUCCAAGAUUGAAGCAUUUUUCUAACUGGCUUUUAGACAUCAUAGCCAUGGGAGACUUGGAUGCAUUCUUCCCUGCAGCAACACGUGAAUAUGCACCAUUGGUUGAAGAAGUGUGGAAAGAUCCUGCCAUACAGGAAACAUAUAAGAGGAAAAAUGAGUUUCUUUUUCUACCAGAUGUUGCUGAAUAUUUCUUAAGCCGGGCUGUUGAGGUGUCAAGCAAUGAAUAUGAACCAGAUGAUAGAGACAUCCUGUAUGCUGAAGGAGUCACCCAAGGCAAUGGUUUGGCUUCCAUUGAAUUCUCCCUCGAUGAUCGUAGCCCAAUGUCUGAAACCUACACAGACAAUCCAGAAGCUCCUCCUCAGCCUCUCACCAAAUACCAGCUGAUUAGGAUAAAUGCCAAGGGGAUGAGUGAAGGGUGCAAGUGGGUGGAAAUGUUCGAGGACGUUCGUGCAGUAGUCUUCUGUGUGGCCCUAAGCGACUAUGACCAGGUGUGGAUUACACCUGAAAACAGUGGCAGUGGACCCCUCGUGCAGAAUAAGAUGAUGCAAUGCAAGGAGCUCUUUGAGACCAUGGUCAAGCAUCCCUGCUUUAGAGAUACACCUUUUGUUCUGAUUCUGAACAAAUAUGAUUUAUUUGAAGACAAAGUCAAUAGGGUGCCAUUGAGUGUUUGUGAGUGGUUAAGUGAUUUCAGCCCAGUGCGGCCACACAACAAUAAUCAAUCACUGGCCAAUCAGGCAUACUAUUACAUUGCAAUGAAGUUCAAGGAUCUAUACUUGUCACUCACUGACCGUAAGCUAUUUGUGUGGCAAGCAAAGGCCAGGGACCGCGUUACCAUUGAUGAGGCAUUCAAGUACAUAAGGGAGGUGCUGAAGUGGGAUGAGGAGAGAGAUGAGAACUACUAUGGUGCUGGGGAGGACUCAUUUUACAGUACAGACAUAAGCUCAUCACCAUUUAUAAGACAGGAAUAAAGGCGAGUAUAUUUAUGCUCAUACUUGCAUGGGCAUUACAACAAAAAGUGUUUUGUUCUGGUAUCUAUCGACUGGAAUGUUCUUAUAUGUUUAUUUAUAUUAUUUAUUUAAUAAAAUCGAUGGGUUAAGGUGUUAAGGGUCAUUUGACUCGUUA